GUUUGAGUAUACUAGCGAAAUCCCCCUGCGAGCAAGGGCUCCGUAGAAGGCAUGGAUGUCUUGGUGUACCCUUGUCAAAAUGCACUGCACCGGUUCCAUAACAGCAGGUUCUUACAAAGUACCAGUAUUGGUCGCGAUCAACAAUGUAAAACUUAAGCACUGUGUCUAUUCCGGGAUUCUAUUGUAUAUCUUGCAUCGUCUGGUCUGUCUAUCCUCGGCCUCUGGCCGAUGAUAUGUUUUUUCAUGUCGCCAAGUCCGUCAUGUCUUAAGGCGGGCUAAGCAACGCUUCCGUGGGCUCUGCCUGUAACUUUGGGGUGUGUCG